CUGCUAGCACUACGAAUGCUCUCAUUUACCAACUUGUCCAGCAACUGCUUCAAUCUUGUCUGGUUGCAGCAGGGUAGCCCCAUGCCACCAGUGAUGAAUCCACGACCUGCACCACCUGUCGUGAGGCUAGACCUGCUGUUGGAGGGACUGACGACUGGAGCGGCACUCUUGCCUUCUCUGCGGGCACACUACCACAUGGGGCCCCUGACUGGCACUGGUUGUACGGGUGCCCAGGCUCGCUUUACGGUUCACUUGCCCCAACACUCACUCAGUUUCAACACAAAGGUGCCCCCAGCGUGUGAAGCCAACCUUCCCUCACGUGCCAGUGUGGAGCUGCCACCUGUGCAGGUGGCGGCCGAGUAUCUGCAGGACCCAGGUGGGCCCUCGCAGAGGGAUGCUGAUGGUGUAGUGCUGCGUCGGGGCUCCUACCUCAGCGCCCUCGCCGAGAUUGGCACGUUUGAGCACAGCCUCACCACCGACUUGCUCAACCACCUGGUGCUCGUGCAGAAGGUCUUUAUGAAGGAGGUGAAUGAGGUUGUGCAGAAGAUGUCUGGCACACGGCCACUGCGCCUCUGGGAGGGUGGCGGUGGCAGCAGCAGCAGCAGUGCUUUGGGUGGCGGCCAGCUGCUAUUCUCCCUGCAGCUGCGACUGCGGGGCAUCCGGCUUACUGCGACGACCCCCACAGCUAGUGCUGUGCGCCUUGAGACUGGCACCCUCGACCUGCAGCUCUCCAACAGGGUGCAGAAUGCCUCGCGUGCGGUCACAGCCAUGAAACUGUUUGGGAAAGGCCAGGUGGACCUCAGCCUGGCUCUGGGCCAACUGGUCAAGAACACAUUGUUUGAAGAAGCAGAAUUUCAGCAGUUUGCAUUCUUCAAGACUCGGAUAUGCUUACGCAAUGCUCUUCAAGAUGAAAUGAUCUCCAGCCAGUACGAUGACAAAGAGGCUGUUCUCAUCACAAUGAAUCGGCCCAUGAUUUACUUUCAGCCUAUUGCUCUUGAUAAAGCUGUCCUUGUCUGGCUUAACUACAAGAAUGCUUACGAAUACUGGAAUGAGCAACGGGGAAGCUUAAAUAAAGAGGUGAGCAUGGUAACUUGAGCAGUUUCCAGUAAU